UUGAUUAAAAAUUCAUGCAUACAUUAGGGACCUAAUUGAGAUGAAAAUUAGGAUGGAGAGCUAAUCAAGAUUUACCCCAAAGCGUAGGGACUUAUAAGAGGUUUGCCCAAAACCUUAGUCAUAUGAGCAACGUGUGGUUCAAUGUAGAUAUAAUGUAAACGGCAUGUGAGUAGAAGAACUAACUUUUGUUUCCUUCUCGACAGAGAUCGCUCUCCCUGCUGAAAACCCAAAAGCAACAGAGAUCCCUUACCAAUUUCAACAGGCGCAUUGUUCAAAAUGGAUUCGUCGCAGAAUACAGUGUUGGGGAGUGGAGGUAAUGGAAUGUUGGCCACUCCAUUGAAUGAUACAGCAGCAGCAGUGGAUGAUCCGAAGCAGAAUUUGAACCAAGUUAUUGAUUCCAUACAGAAGACUCUUGGUCAACUCCAUCAGCUUUACCUAACAGUCUCUUCAUUCAACACUGCUUCACAGCUUCCUCUUCUACAGAGACUUAAUGGUCUUGUUACCGAGCUGGACAAUAUGGUUAAAUUGUCUGAAAGGUGCAACAUUCAGGUUCCUAUGGAGGUCUUGAAUUUGAUUGAUGAUGGGAAGAAUCCAGAUGAAUUCACAAGGGGUGUUAUAAACAGCUGCAUCACAAAAAAUCAAGUCACCAAAGGCAAAACUGAUGGCUUCAAGAGUUUACGCAAGCAUCUACUGGAGGAACUUGAACAGACUUUUCCAGAUGAAGUUGAAUCAUACAGGGAGAUACGUGCAAUGUCUGCUGCUGAAGCAAAACGGCUUGCUCAAUCACAAAGCUCAUUACCCAACGGAGAUGUGAAGGUAAAACCAGAGCAUUAAGGGGCCACACCACUGUGAAUCAGGUUCUCUGUUUUAUACCAACUUGACUUUACCAUGUAGCAUUAGGAGUCAGUCAAUGCCAGAUUACGUUGUAUACUUGUUCCAUGUAGAAUCUGUGAACGUGACAACUUAUGAUCUAUUGCCACACCACUGUGAAUCAGAUUCUUUGUUUUACACCAACUUGACUUCACCAUGUAGCAUUAGGAGUCAGUCUAUGCCGGAUUACGUUGUAUACUUGUUCCAUGUAGCAUCACCUUUUGCUUAAAUCUGUGAAUGUGACAACUUAUGAUGUAUUCUAAUGGUAUAAUGUUAAAUGUUAUUCACUCUC